AUGCAGCUGCCAUUCGUUGCUUCUUGUGCUCUCCUCCUCUUCUCUGUCCCCCGUUUCUCUGCCGCAUCAUGCGGCUGCGAUCUCCACGAACCUUCCAACCCAUGCUAUAUCGCUGGAGGAGGUGGUGGUGGUGGCGCCAGCGACCUCGGUGCCGACCCUGUGCCCUUCUCCACCCGGGCUCACUGGAUGCGACGUGCCAUUGCGGCCCUGGCGGACGUCAACGAGGGGAGUCCGUGUCCCUUUGCGGCCUUUGGUUCUGUUAUCGUGAACCAUACGGCGUCCGGGACCGACGGGCUGGGCGGGGAGGUGUGUAUUGGUGCGAAUGCGAUGGUGAAGGAUGGGAAUCCGACGUUGCAUGGCGAGGUCGCAGCCAUCAACAACUGCAGCCGCAUCCUGACUGACCCGGACGGCCCGUACAAGCUCUCGGGCCCAGACGCGCUCAAGGCGUUGGGCGAUUUGAGUCUGUAUACCACGGCGGAAGCAUGUCCUAUGUGCUCGGCCGCAAUCCUCUACGGCGGAUUCCGCGAGUACAUCUUCUCGACGUCGAUCCCCACGCUGCGCUCGCACAACUGGCCGCAGAUCGUCAUCCGGUCGAGGGAGGUCUUCGCCCGCAGCGUCGGGCGGCUGUCGGCGCACCGCACGCGCAUCAUCGGGGACGUGCUGGCGAACGAGACCGAGGCCCUGUUCAAGUGGCAGUUUGCGGACGGGGAGUGUCCUGGUGGGUGUGAGAAGGAGGGCAGUGGCUGUGUUGUGACAUCCACGAAGUUGGAUCGUGGCACGGGGAAAGAUGAAUUGUAA